UCAAAAGUUGAUUGCCUCUGUAUGAGAUAAAUACCAUAGCAUAGCACGUAACGAUUUUGUUUCAUUUCCAGAAAAACAGUGGGAAACUGUUAUGUCGGGACAUACUGUUACUCAAAGUCUCAACGGUUUUUCAAAAUUUUUAACCAUUAAACUAUGGAACUCACGAAUAAAGGAUGCUGUAAACCAAAACAGUACCGAAAAAGCCCUUCAUCUCUUUCGCCGAAUGAAGCAAAAUGGAUUGGAACCAAACAAAUUAACCUUUCCAUUCAUUGCAAAAGCCUGUGCCAAGCUUUCCAAUAUCAAAUAUUCUCAGAGCAUCCACACCCAAAUCGUAAAAUCCCCAUUUGGAAACGACAUUUUCAUACAAACCGCAAUGGUUAAUGUGUACGUUAAAUGUGAUCACGUGGAUUAUGCAUACAAAGUAUUUGAAAGAAUGCCUCAAAGAGAUGUGGCUGCUUGGAAUGCAAUGCUUAUCGGUUUUGCUCGGUUGGGUUUUCUUGAUAAAGUGUUUAGUCUCUUUGGUGAGAUGAGGUUUGCUGGGAUUCAUCCUGAUUCAGUCACUGUUGUGGGGCUUAGUCAGGGAGUUUCAGUUGCAAAGAGUUUGGAAUUAGUGGAGGGACUUCAUUCCUUUGGGAUUCGAAUUGGGGUAGCUCCUAACGUUACAGUAGCUAACACUUGGAUUGCGGUAUAUGCCAAAUGUGGUGACUUGGCAUCAGCGGAGAAGGUUUUUGAUGAGAUUGAUGUUGCUGUGAGGACUGUCAUUUCUUGGAAUUCCAUGAUUGCUGGAUAUGCAAUCUUUGAAAAUUUUCUUGCUGCCUUUGAUUUAUACCAGCAGAUGCUGGUUGAUGGAAUUAGGCCUGAUGCGAGCUCUAUUGUCAGCCUGAUUUCAUCGUGUGUGCAGCCUGAAGCACUAUUUCAAGGAAAGCUAAUUCAUUCUCAUGGAAUGCAAUUGGGUUGUGAUUUGAACUUAUCUGUAAUCAAUACUCUUAUAUCCAUGUAUUCCAAGUGUGGAGAUAUUAAUUCUGCAAGAUUUUUAUUUGAUUGCAUGUCUGAUAGGACAUGUGUUUCAUGGACUGUUAUGAUUAGUGGGUAUGCUGAGAAAGGGGAUAUGGAUGAGGCAAUGACCUUGUUUCAUUCUAUGGAAAAAGCUGGUGAGACACCUGAUUUGGUUACUGUACUUUCUUUGAUUUCAGGCUGUGGCCAGACAGGAUCCCUUGAGCUUGGAAAAUGGAUUGACAGUUAUGCCAAAUCUAGAGGGUUUAAAGAAGAUGUAAUGAUCUGUAAUGCUCUUAUAGAUAUGUAUUCAAAAUGUGGUGGUAUAUGUGAGGCUCAAGAGGUCUUUCAUGCCAUGCCUGAGAGGACUAUUGUUUCUUGGACUACCAUGAUCUUAGGUUGCACUGUGAAUGGACAAUUUGGAGAAGCUUUGGACCUUUUCCACCGGAUGAGGGGUUUGGGCUUCAAACCAAACCACAUAACAUUCCUUGCUGUCCUUCAAGCUUGCACUCAUGCAGGCUUUCUUGAUAAAGGAUGGGAAGUGUUCAAUAUGAUGACCGCAGUAUAUGGUAUUAAUCCUGGAUUGGAUCAUUAUUCAUGUAUGGCAGAUCUUCUUGGACGUAAAGGUAAGCUAAUAGAAGCUUUGAAGUUUGUUUUAAAUAUACCAGUUAAACCAGAUGCUGGAAUAUGGAGUGCAUUGCUUAGUGCUUGCAAGGUUCACCACAACGUAGAGAUUGGUAAGUAUGUAGCAAAUCACCUAUUUGAGAUGGAGCCUCAAGUGGCUGCUCCGUAUGUGGAGAUGGCAAACAUAUAUGCAUCAACUGGAAGGUGGGAUGAAGUUGCAAUGAUAAGAUUGUUGAUGAAACGAAAUAAUGUUAUAGGAGGCAUUAAUAGAUGUGACAUGCAUAUUGGGAAAGAAUUGUUUGGUGGUGUACUGAAUUUUGAGGACCAGGAAAGAAAGGAAGUUGGAGGCAACCAUGGAAGAAUGGGGAGUAUAAGGGGAAGAAGAGGAUGUAAACGACAAGGUAAGGUCAUAUUGGAAAACCAAUUAGAGAAGGGAGACUGAAAGGAAACAGAGCGAGGAGAAAGACAAGAAAAGACCAAGGUCAAUCUAUUUCAACGUUGAUCCAUGGUAAUGGAAGAAGAAAAAGAAAAAGGGAAAAAGAGAGAAAAAUAUUAGGGAGGAUUGAUCUAGGCCUUGACCUAAAAUGAUGCUAGAUAUGGCUUGAUUGACUUUGCCUCUUUUGUGCUAGCAAAGACAUGGCUCAAGUCUAGUGCCUUACUAGUGGGAGAUGCAAGUGUCACGUGUUGGUCUUUAGCCAAGCAAUUGAACGAUCUUGAGCUCUAGAAAAUCCCUCUGCUACAAACCCAAGCAACCUAGCCUAACUUAGCACACAGCAAAAGCCCUCAAGAAUAACCUAGCAAACAAGGGCUAAAAGCCUUAGCCACACAACCACACAAGAGAAAGAAAGAGUACUGAGACAAAAGAUUUUUAUAUUAAGUAAUUUUUGUUGUAUAAAGCUUGCCUAAGCUAAUGAGUAACUAUCUAUGCUCCUCUA